AUGGCUAAAGAAUGGGCCAGAGAUGACCAAUUUAAGGUAUGGGCAAAGGAGAAAAGAAUUAUAAUAGUACCCGAAAGAGGACUGGUGUGGAGAAUCAAAAAUUCAAAACGAAUGAGUGAGGAUGCAAAUCGAUAUAUCGGUCAUGCUGGUCAUAUGGUAUUUGUGAAGCGCAGGGAAGCAUUAACUAUAUUACGUCCAGUUGUACUGGAAAUUUUGUUCCGUGAGAAUCCAUUGGGUCAAUUGGUUGCUGCUUUGAGAGAAACGAACACACGAACGGUUCGGGAAUUUCUUUCCAAUUUACGCUUUCUUCUUGUAAGUGAAUCGGAUGCGGAAAUUCCGGAUAUAACAUUUUUAUUAUCACAUUCAUGUUUGUUGACAGCAUUUUCCUACAGGAGUCAACAGAUAGGUAUUAGCGAUGAAGAUUUUGAAGGCUUUUUCCCAGCGCUAUCAAAUGCACAGAUUCGCUUAAUUGAUUUAAAUGGAAGUUGUCCAAAGAAGGAAAUUGAAUUGAUUAUUAAAAAUUUGAAUAUAGGAUUGGUUCGAUUUCACAGAUAUCCCGGUAUAAAUGUAGAAACGUUUGAGAAUACCAAAGUAAUGAAUUCAGCAGUUGAAUUUAUUGUUGCACAAGGUGUACAUCCUGGUACUGAAAAUAGUGGAAUGAGAUUUUUGAAACAUUUAAAGAAUGUUUUCCCAGCUAUGAAAAAUAUUUUCUGGGAUUGGAGUGCAAUGAUGCCAGCCAUAACGCAAGUAAAUGCUGGCGUCAUUGAUUGUCUAAAUGAAUUAUUACGAUUAUAUAAAGAAAUGGAAAUGAAUUUAUUAUCAAUUCUGUUCUUUAUGUCAAGUGAAGGAAGUGAAGAAAUAAUGAAAGAAAUUUGGGAACAUUUGAAAACAUUUAAUUUACCAAAUGCUAAAAUGAGGAAAGUAAUGCGAGAUGACAAGCCAUAUUAUUAUCCACCAUAUAUGUUCUUCAUGGCUGGAACAUCCGAUAAAAUCAACCGAUUGGAAAAGGUUGUUUGUGAGGAUCGAAUUGUUGAACCUGACCUACGACAUUUCAUUUAUGUUCAAAAUCGAUCGAUAAACAUUUACAAAAAUGAUAAUGUCUAUGAAUUUAUGGGAUUUGAUUAUGGAUGUGAUGAAUGA